CAUACGGCAUCCCUGUGCAUCAUACGGCAACCCAGGCCUGUUGACCGGUACAUAUGGCCAGUCCAUAACAGCGUUUGAACAUCCGUGUCUUAUACCUAUAAUAGAUUUACAUACCGACUAUAUCUUUGUGACACGACGUGUCCUGUAUUUGUCAGGCUUUCCGAAAAAAGAGUCUAAGGAAGGCACCGUUCGGAACAGUCCGUUCCCGAAUAGCCUUGCCUAAAUCCCCAAGCAGCGAGGCACAGUAGCUAUGGCUGGCGCGCGCGAAACAGUGAACAUUUCAAAGCCGGCGACAGCACGAAAGGACAUGGAGAAGCGCCUGUCUGACGCCAGCUCCUCGGCUUCAUCCCUGGACUCGGCUUCUACUACGUUCGGACGCGUUGGGCCAGUUACACGGGAGGAGGUCCUUCGAACUCAGCGCGGACCUAACACUGCAACUGCUCGCAGCGCGCUCGGCACCCUCGCAUUUCAAGUAGACACCUUCCUGGGCGGCAUGCUCUACCACAACAGCGAGAAGGUCGUGAUCUACCUGGUGCUGCUCAUCCUGCUGCCGCUGCUCGCCAUGGGAGCUGGCAAGCAGCUGGCCGGCCUGGCGACCAGCGUCAUGGCGGCCACGCGGCGGCUCACGGCAGCUGCUGAGGCGGCCAUCUAGGGCCAUCUAGGGCGGCAGUCGGAGCUGGGGGGCGUUGGGUACAUACCGGCACUUCAAAGGGCGCUGCAUGGCACAUGGGGAUUUGUACAGGUACGAGAUCUGCAGCGAAGAUGCUGGCUGCGCCAGCGUUACCAGGGUCGAGGCGUCGGUGCUGCUGACGCUCUUGCUGUGUAGGUGCUGCUCCUGCUGUGGCAUUUGUCAGACGUUCGUCAUGAUGCUCGGCGACUUUUUUGUAUUUCUUGGAUGUUGGUUUCGUUGAUUGUGAGCUGACUUGGUUGUGUGGUUCGGACACCUGUUGUGGUGCCAUGGGGUUAUGUUCUGUAGUCAUCAAGAGCUGUGAUGGUGGUGUCGAUGGUAUGUUUUUGAUUCGUGACAUCGUGUGCUUGAUCUUGUUUUGUGUGCUUGAUCUUGUUUUGUGGGGGCGUUGGUAAUGCCGCUAUUGACGCGGCGUGCUGCUCUCAACCAACACAGACCCGCUCCAUCCGCAAGCACGCGUGUCCGUCGCAGGAAGGUGCGUCGGACGCUUCCGGUGCAUGAGUGCCCUUCACACAUUUACCUCUAUCCCGCAUGUCAUGAAUGUCAUGUACAGUGCAAACGGUACGGUAUGAGUGUACGGCGGCCGGUAUAAAGGCAGCUGUACAACACAUGUUACAUCAUGCUAUGUUGUAGUUGCUGUGCAGCGCCGAUGUUGGUGUGAUGGUUUGCUUGCCUGGACCGCCGGGGAUAGGCGGUUGCCCUCUGCGGUAGUGAUAUGCUGCUGGUGUUGGGAUUGAGCUGGCACACGUGGGGUAUGGAAGGGUCUUACGGGGGUAACGCCCAGUUUUUGUGCGAAGAAGGUUCAUUGUGUAUUGCUGGCAAUGAGGGCAGAUUGUAUGCAUUGUGGCACAAAUAUCAUCCGCUACUCAUCAUUUGCUGUUUAAUUUGGGCAAGGGCUGAGCGCUUGCAGCCGCCUUGGGCAAAGCCGUUUUUCCCGCGAGUUGCAGGUUAUGGACCGUUUCAAAGCGUUUGCGCGUUAUUCCUGCUGCAUGAACACAAGAUCGGGAACCUGGCCUCGUUUAUUACAAUUCCUUUGGGACACCCCCAGCGUUUACAAUUACGCGGGUUAGGGUUCUGAACAACUGAACAACGGUAUCUACCUUCACAGGCAUGUUGAUCGCUGUGCGGGAGCGCUUUGGUUGCUGUUCUUCGGGACCUGGUAUCUGAACCUGUAGUCGCUCUGCUUUCCCACAUGCUUCCAUAUUGCUGAAGAUUGGCUGUUGUGCACACGUGUAACACCUUACAUGACAUGGUACGGCAGCAUGGUUUCACGGCAGCGCACGUAUGACGGCAACGUGGCCAAGCCAUAAGGGUUUCAGGCUGCUGUCAACUGGGAAUUCCUAUGCCGGAUAGCGAGUGUUUGGGCUUUUAGACCGACUUGGCUGGAUCCCAGAUCCUCCUACUGGUACAGAACCGGUUGAGAACGAAGGUUUGGCGUGACGAGCUCCUCCACUUGCAGCGCGUUUCCAACUGCAGGCUGGUCUUUGAGAUCCCUGUGCAUGCUUGGUGUUGGGCUAUGCCCAUCCUGUAACUGACAAAGCUGUGG